CUAUUACGGUAUCCGACGAAUGCCAUCCGCGGGGAAUGCGAAUCGAAUUGAGAAGAUCUGGUAUUCUCAUAACCGAUCGGCAAUGGAGUUCGCGAAUAAAAAUUUGUUGAUAAAGCAGUUCGCGGAUUCACUGUAUUCCCAUAAUCGUAAUCGAAACGCAAUAAGUGUCUUUUGCUCUAAGUGUCAUUCGCUGAAUAAUUGUUGCGGAUUUAAUAAAAAAAAUUGAAAAUAUCACGCAAUAAGAUGGAGUUCAAUAAAAGAAGUCGUACCACAAACCGAGAACAAUUCGCUUUAAUGGCUGAACGGAUGAAGCUCAACGGGGGCAUUGCCAAAAGUAUGUCCAAUGAGCCACCAGAGGUAGUAUCCGUGUUCUGGACAUCACUUAGCACGGACUUAAAUGCGUUAGGACCUCCAACAAAGUCCCUUGCCGAGUGGAAAAAAGUAAGAAAGUUGAUUAUUUAUAAACCAAUUUUAUUAAACUUGAACUAUUUUCAGGUAUGGUCAGAUUUUAAAUCCUCCAUAAAGAAAAAAUUGUCUAACAACCGAAUACAAAUGCGAGCAACAGGUGGAGGUCCAAAUAGGGAGGUACAAUUGACUGCUUUGGAAGAGGAAGUUGCGCAGCUGGUGAAUAUUUAUGACGCCGUUGCGGGAGUCUCCGGCAGGCACUGUGGUACGCCACAAGGCCCAUCUCGUGGUAGCCACACAGACAGCGCAGCUUCCGAGCCAUCUACCAGUGGUGCAGUAAACAGGGAAGAAGCUGAUAAUAUGGAAAAUGCUGAAAAUUCAAAUGGAAACAGUUCUUCACCUACGUCUCCGCAACCUCAACAGAGAGUGCCACAAAGGAGAACCCAAUUGACGCUCCUUAAAACUCAGUUGGAUAUGCAAAAAAAAUAUUACGACAACGUCGUAUGUAAUUUAAAAAGUCAAAAAAGAAAAAUGGAAGAUGUAGCAAAUAAUUUAAAAAAAAAUGCAAAAAACAAUGAGCAGUCUCAACAACAACGUUGAGGGUAUGCGCUCCAUACUAGGGAACUUAGUUGCCGAGACAAAAAGACAUAAUUUGGUAACGGAACAAUUAUUGCGGCACAAGACCAAAGUUAAGGAGCAACUUUUAGAAUUGGAGAUACAGGGAGUGAAAAAUGCGCUAAAGAAGUAGUAGAUAUAGUUUAAGUUUAGCUAUGAAGGCAGCAAUACAUAUCUAGUUUAGCUUUAGCCAUGAAGGCAGCAAUACAUAUUUAGUUUAGCUUUAGCCAUGAAGGCAGCAAUUUUAUUUAUAAUAAAAUAAAACUUAUGA